AUGAAGCUAUUCAUUUUUGUUUAUAUAAUUCUGAAAACUACGGAAGCUUCUAUGGAGAGGUAUAAUUUCUUAGAUUUUUGGACGAAUCUAUUCCGACCGAUUCCACGUUUGGCAAAGGAGGGAUUUGUUCCCGAUUAUACGCCGAAAGAGGGACAGGAAUAUGAUUUCAUUAUUGUCGGAGCCGGGUCUGCGGGAUGUGUAUUAGCUAAUAGGCUAUCCGAGAUAUCCGAAUGGAAAGUAUUGAUAUUAGAGGCUGGGGGAAAUGAGAAUUAUUUCUCCGAUAUUCCUAUAUUCGCACCAUUUCUUUCAAUUACACCCAUGAAUUGGGGUUACGUAUCUGAACCACAACAAAAGGCCUGUCGUAAUUUGAGAGAUCAUGUUUGUUAUAUGCCUCGAGGCAAAGUUCUCGGGGGCAGCAGCGUACUUAACUUUUUAAUAUACCAAAGAGGUCAUCCCGAAGAUUAUAACGAUUGGGUCAGAAUGGGUAACGAGGGUUGGAGCUACAAUGAAGUUUUACCAUACUUUAAGAAAUCCGAAAAUAUACAUAUAAAAGAACUUCUAAACUCCACUUAUCAUGGCAAAGGAGGUUAUUUAGACAUUGAUUAUUCUUCAUUUUCAACGCCACUCAAUGAUGCAUUCAAGAACGCUGGUCACGAACUCGGGUACGAAUGGAAUGACCCCAAUGGAGAAAAUGUAAUCGGUUUUUCAAAACCUCAAGCGACAAUAAGAAAAGGAAGACGGUGUAGCUCGUCGAAAGCAUUUUUAGAACCCGUAAGAUAUAGAAGAAACCUUAAAGUAUCCAAAUAUUCCACAGCAACGAAAAUAUUAAUCGACCCUCUUACGAAAAGAGCUAAUGGAGUGGAAUUUAUAAAGAACAAUAAGAUAAAGCGAAUAUACGCCCGUCGUGAGGUUGUACUUGCUGGUGGCACGAUAGGGUCUGCCCAAUUAUUAAUGCUAUCGGGAGUGGGCCCUAAAGAACACUUAAGCGAACUUGGAAUACAAACUAUAGUCGACCUGCCUGUAGGCUACAACCUUCAGGAUCAUGUAACCUUUUCGGGUAAUGCCUUUAUUGUCAACACCACUGGACUCUGUGUAAACGAUAUGUUAGCUGCAUCUCCGGCAUCAGCGGUGUCAUAUAUGUUGGGGGGCGGUCCAUUAACUAUACCGGGGGGUGCCACCGGACUUGCCUUCAUACAAACAGACUACGCAAAAGACAUGAGUGGAAGACCUGAUAUAGAAAUGGUGAUGGGUGCGGGAUCACUCGCUGGAGAUCUGCUCGGAAUUAUACGGUCUAUGCUUGGUGUAACUGAUGAAUGGUACCGAGAAGUUUACGGUUCUCUCCCACUCAAUGAGAGACAGCAGUCGUUCGCUUUGAACCCGGUUUUAAUUCGACCUAGAAGCGUCGGCCGUAUGAAACUUAGUUCAUCAAACUUCACAGAUCAACCAAGAAUACAACCGAACUAUUUCGAACAUCCCGACGAUUUACAAGCCAUUAAGGAGGGAGUGAGAUUUGCACAAAAAAUCAUACAAACAAAAGCGUUCCAGCGAUACGGGACUCGACUCCACAAUACACCAUUCCCAAAUUGCCGACACUUGACCUUCGACUCGGACGAGUAUUGGGAGUGUGCCAUCGAACAGACCUCCAUCACGCUAGAUCACCUGGCCGGGACAUGCAAAAUGGGGUCACAAGGAGACCCAUCGGCAGUGGUGUCUCCGCGGUUACUGGUUCAUGGAAUUCAUGGUCUGAGGAUAGCCGACGCCUCCAUAAUGCCUCGUAUACCAGCGUCACAUACACAUGCACCAGUCGUCAUGAUUGCCGAAAAAGCUGCCGAUCUCAUUAAAGAGGAUUGGAAGCAACCAAUUCAAAAAUUAUGA